GGAGGGAAGUUUGAUCAUGCAGAUCGACAAUUCCAUUCACUUCAUGAUACAUGGCAGGCAUGCCUUAACGCAAGUGGUGAUGUAAGAGAAUUGACACCAGAGUUCUUUUAUUUGCCAGAAUUUUUAACAAAUCAUAAUGGAUUUGAUCUUGGUGUCCGACAGGAUGGUGUGCCUGUAAAUAAUGUAGGAUUGCCAAGGUGGGCAAAAACUCCUGAGGAGUUUAUUCGAAUUCAUCGUGAAGCUUUAGAGUCGGAUUAUGUUUCGGAAAAUCUACAUCAUUGGAUAGACCUUAUAUUCGGAUAUAAGCAAACCGGUGAGGAAGCGGUGAAGGCACACAACGUAUUUUAUUACUUGACAUAUGAAGGCGCCAUAAACAUAGAUAACAUACAAGAUCCUGUGGAAAGAAAGAGUAUCGAACAACAAAUUUAUCAUUUCGGUCAAACUCCAACACAACUGAUGACAAAACCACAUCCUCAAAGAUUCUCGAGCAAAAAUUUUUUAAAGAAAGAUCUUCUGAAUUCCAAUGUUAUACAUCAGAGGUUUGUUGUAGAGUUGAAAUGCGGGAAAUUGCAAUUUUCCGACUUACCGAAUCCGGAUAGUAUUGAAAAAUUUUCGACAAUCGAUACACAAAAGAUCAUUACUGUCGAUGAGAACGGAAUAAUAGGAU